CGCACUCGCCAACUCAUGCGACGGAGAUGGCAGUGAGCUGUUGGUCUAUAAACGAAAUCACGGGCGUACUAACGGUAGAACCCUACGACUUUUCCCCGUCCCUGCCACUCGCUCCAACUGACUGUGUAAUUGCGGCAUCGGUGCAAAAAAAAAUUUGCGUUUUGGUUGUCUUGCGAUAGUUUUCUCUGUAUUGUUUUUGCUGGUAUCCGACAAUGACUUCCAGCGGAAUAAAAUCCAACACUGACUGUGAGUGAAUAGACAACACUGAAAACAAUGAGAUUUCAUAGCCAGAAAAAGAAACUUUCCUGGAGAUGUGGAGCUAAACACUACCUUUCUACCAUUCAUAAUGCAAAAAAAAAAAACAUUGCCGCUCGUUGACGACAUUGGUACGUGUAACAGCAAUAUCUCUCGCAAACUGACGGCAUCACAGCCUGAUACUGAAGACAAUGAAGAUCAGCGUGGUGACGAGGAGGGCUACGCCGACCUUGCAACUUGCAAUAAUGAAGACGACGAUGAUGAUAGUGAUAACGAGAACGGCGACGAAAAUGAAACUGCCACGUUGGACGCAUCGGACCAGCUUGUUCACAUUUCACAGAGGGUCAUACCUACAGAAGUGUUUGACACGACAAAGAAGAUAGCACCUAUGCUCUUGCAACUAAGGACUCCACAGCCGUUCAAGAGUCACUUUGCCAGCACAAACUUCCCCGUGAAGCUAUCUCCCAUUUCGAUGUACAAACAACAUCACUUUCGUACAAAGGUUCGCCAACGGUCUCCAAAAAGGUGGACCCCGUCACCUUGCAUUAGUCCUGCAUCACUUGCCGAUGGUUUUCACUAUCGUUGCCGCUCCUUUGAAGAUCCCUUUGAACAAAGGGACGAUAGAGAGGAGGUAAUCUUAGUGAAGAAGGCUUAUUCGGACGAAGAGGAAACUGAAUCUGCAAAAUCGUGCGAUUCCCGAAGCCGACUCUUGACAACCUCAAUAGCGCAUGCCAAGCACAGAACCAACUUAUGUUUACCGGUGAAGGCAAUCCCUUACAGGGGCUUCUCCCCAAAGUCGGUUGGUCGAACCUCAGGGAGUCCCGAGGAGCGCGUAGGCCUCUUGAAGGCAGAGGCUUUGGAAACGCAAAGCCGAAUCAAGCCCUAUAAUUUGGAAGGCAUUUUGGAUCGUCGUCAACAUCGAUUCCAGACGCGACACAAAGACGAAAGCGAAUUUGAAAGACCUAUAUGGAUUUUGCAGGGAAGAAUGGCCACUCAAGCUAAAGGGGAAGGCGAUAACCAGAGCGAAGACCGCAGAGAAGAAAUAUCACCCGCACUUCCACACGAUACCCCCACAUUUUUGGUAAGUAGCGUAACUACCAAAGCAGGAAAAGCAAUUUCAGACGAUGCCGUCUCUUUACAAAUGAUGGGGCCUGACGGCAUCCUUCAUCAAGAGAGCGGCAAGGAGCGACCGUCUUUGGUAUCCAGUAAGACAUUACAAGAUCGGAUGAACUGUAAGUCUCAGUGUACUAUACUUCACGAAAGGCGACGUCAAAGCUCUCGCAAAAUGAGAAGCAUUGCUUCACAUUGUGGAAACUACAGUCACGGUGCUUGUAUGGACGCUCUGCACGGUGAUGGAGAUUUAUCGACCGUAACAGAGCUACCUUCCGAAGAAGAGCGAACACAAGCUUCUACCGCUGACUGCCCCGCUAGACCGCCCAUCGAUAUUCUUUCAUACGGCUCAAGUUUGGCGGAUUCGAAAUCUGUUACUGCACUGAAUGAUGAUAUGACGAUUGAAGACAAUUUCUUGCUUGGACAAAUUCAAUCCAGCAGUAUCGAAGUCUACUUGGAGGGUAUGGAGAUUUAGCGAGAUGCGACAUGGAGCCCUUGACGACAAACAGAAGUAAGCUAUGGUCUUUUGUCUUGAGGGUUGUGGACAUGAAAUCUUUAAUUGAGAAAUUGAAAGCACACAUUGCAGAGCUCUCAGCCAGCCGCUUCUUCGACAAACAUCUCCGGCGCAUAGGCUCCGGAGAGAAAGAGAAUACAGCCCACAGUCACCCUAUAUUGCUAUGCUAUCUUGCUCCGAAAUCAAGCAAUGUACAUCUAAAAGAAUACAACUUUCAGGAAAAGAGCAAAGAGGGACAAAUCGGCUUGCCUCUGUAUAAACGGAAUGACGCUCAGAAAAACCUUUCAUCACAAAUUAAUCUUCGCAAUAGCACUACCGGAUGUGACGGACUCGCUAAUGCGGCAAACAGGAGUCAAAAGGCGAGGUGGACACGUUCAUUGCUAUGAUUUGCCAUUUUGUUGUCUCCUUCCUUAGUCAAGAAUAGAUCCUUGGAUGAGUUCUGAUAUUUUGACGGUAGUAAUGUCCCCCGUGCGGGAAGUAUCCUGAGCAGGAUGCGUUCCGUUUUAACCACAUUGACAAUCGCUG